GAUUCACGGGAAGGGAAACACCCACUUUCUGGAAGCGGGGAAAGCGAAACUGAGCAAUUAACUUACAGGUGGGACAAGAGAUGGCGUCUGCUAGCAUUCAGGAUCUGUGCGAGGAAGCCACUUGCUCGAUCUGCCUGGACUAUUUCAAGGAUCCGGUCACCAUUGAAUGUGGGCACAACUUCUGCCGAGCCUGCCUGACCCAAAGCUGGGAGGGCUUGGGGGGCAGAAAGGUUUCCUGCCCUCAAUGCAGAGAAAAAGUCCGAAGGAGCCUCUUCCCCAAUCGGCAGCUGGGAAACUUUGUGGAUUUAAGCAAGAAGCUCCGUCUUCAAGAGGAAACGAUCACUGAGAGAAAGGGGGGAGCCUGUGACAAACACCAGGAGCCCCUGAAGCUCUUCUGCAAGGCUGAUGAAGCCCCCAUCUGUAUGGUGUGUAAAUGGUCGAAGGAGCACCGAGAGCACCAGGUGCUUCCUCUGGAAGAAGCUGGCCAGGACUACAAGGAUCUGAUCUGUAGUCGCCUGGAGCUUCUGAAGAAGGAGAGAGCAAACAUUCUAGCACGCAAAGCAGAAACAGAAGAAGAAAGUCAAGAGUUACUUAAGCAGGUCAAUGCUGAAAGGCAACAGCUGCUGGCCCAGUUUACAAAACUACAUAAAGUGAUGGAGAAGAAAAGGUGUAACUUGUUGGCAAGGCUGCAAGAGCUGGACAAAGCAAUUUUGAAGCAGAGGGAUCAGCACAAUGCCAGGUUGACUAAGCAAGGUGACUCUCUCCAUAGCCGCAUCCAGGAGAUGGAGGACAAGUGCCAGCAGCCAGUGACUGAAUUUCUCCAGGACAUCGGGAGCAUCAUUCAGAAAUGCGAGGCGGGGCUGCCCCAAGUGCCUGCGGCUUUUCCUCCUGAAAUAAAAAAACACAUUCAGGAAUUUUCUGAUAUUAACUGCUUCCUGCAGCGUGUUAUGAACCAAUUCGAAGAUGCCCUUCUUGCUGCACACCAGCUGUGUAAAGGUAAGAUCAAAUGUCUUUCCUUCUCCUUGAAAAUAAUUAGAAUGGUUGACAGUCAGCUGAAAACACAGGCGAUCACUUUGGAUCCAGCUACCGCUCACCCUUACCUCAGCCUGUCUAAAGAUCAGAGGUGUGUGAGGCUCCAGCCCACAGGGCAAUAUCCGCCGGACAUCCCAGAAAGAUUCGACACCUGCACUUGUGUUCUGGGCUCUGAAGGGUUCCGUACUGGAAGACACUGGUGGGAGGUGGAGGUGGAUGAGAGAGGGGUCUGGGCCGCUGGGGUCGCCGUGGCCUCUGUGAGAAGAAAAGGUCUGGUACAUUUUAACCCCAAGGAAGGAAUAUGGGCCGUGGGGCAGAUGCAGGGGGGCCACUACCAAGCCCUGAGCACCACGAAGCAUAACUUGCUGCUCAAGCAGAAGCUCAGGAAGAUCCGGGUGACUCUGGAUUGCAAAAAGAAUGAAGUGGCUUUUGUUGAUUCGGAGACAGAGUCCCCCGUCUUUAAAUUCUCCUCAGCCACUUUUGCGACGGAGGAGGUCUUCCCUUGGUUCUGGCUCGGUAGGCUGGCAACCCAGCUACGACUCACUCUCUGAGGGCUGCAAGCAGCCUGUCCGAAAGCAGACCUCUCUAGGCCCUAAAACAGCCCACCCUCUAUGAUGCUGGGGAACUCUACCUGACAGACUUCAUUCUGUAGAUGUUUGGGGGUUUUCUUUGGACUACAUCUCCCAGAAUUCCCCAAGCAGCAUGGGAUACCUGCUUGGGGAAUUCUGCCAGUUGCAGUCCACCCACAGAAAUUUUGGCACUUUUGACAGUGACCUGUGAUUAGACGACAGGAUUCAUCUAACCCUGAAAGGCAUUAUGAAAGCAGGAUCUUUUCGCCCUUCUUGAAGAUUGCAAACUAGCUUGAUUGUUUGCAGGAUGGGUGCUUCUGCCCCUCACCUUGGGUUUUGUUUGCAAACCUGCUUGUUCAGUUCCAAAGGUCCUGAAUCAGUUCUGGGGAACACUAGUGAAUUUUAGCCUCUAGUGACGGGCUGUUUGCAAAGAAUCAUUUGGCUUUCCCUGUACCUAUUCCUCCUUGGGAACAGUAGGGCUGUUCUCGUGCAGAUUGGAUGUGUAGCAAUCCCAGUGCACAGUGCAGUGUCGUGACUAGAACUGUGACACUGGACAUCUGGGCUCAGAGUCCCACUCAGCCGUGAAACUCGUUGAAGGAUCUCGGAUAGCUUUUCACCAAGUUUUUGCGGGGAAAAGAAAAAUCAUUUGGGUUCAUGGGGGAAGGCAGGAGGAGGCAGAAUAUACAGGCAGCAAAUAAAUGAAAAAACAGGAUGAAUGGAAUGUAAGGAUGGAAACUUUUUUGGGGGUCCUAAGAGCACCCCCAUUGCUCCCCUAAACAUAUUAGCAAAUAAAUAUAUAGGGGACAAAUAUAUUUGCAGGAGCAUUUAUAAAAUUUGUACUAAAGCAUUUGCGCUUCCGCAGUUCACAGGAAACAAAGAUUCUGCUCUCCUCAGCAGGGAGGGCUUCAAUCCUUAAAAUGUAUUAGUCUGCCCGCUUGGCACAGCUGGCUAAGAGCCUGAUCCCAAUGACAAAUAGCAACUGCUCUUGUAUUGGGUUCUGGUAAAAGAAACCUGAUUCAAAUUUAGGCAUACAUGUGAAGUACAUGCUUACACGGAAUAGUGUGCCAGGGGAACUGGGGAGGGGGGUUGUUUGCUCCUCCAGGUGUGUGGAAGGACAUUGGGGCUGUUGGCAAGGGCAGGCUGUAAGCUCCUUUUGGAAGAGGGGAUGAUUUCUAGGAAGACAGACUGGGCGUCUUUGUUGAAAAGAUUUGCUGUUGUCUUUUGCACAUGUAUUUCUAAAUCCCAGCCUUGACCUGAACUUUCAAAUAAAUGUUGUCAUUCGACUCAA